AUUUGUUCCUUUAGCCUCAUCUAUUUUGUAAUCCCUAUUUUGUAAACAGUCAUCUUUCCCAGUUCUGUAAAAAUUCGCAAGUUAGCAGUGCUGGUAAAAAUUAAAAACCUCAUUCGCAAGUUCUUGACAGACAAUCAGAAGUCCGGCUAAACCAAUGAAGGCAGUGGUGAUCACGACCCCCGGCGGGCCGGAAGUUCUUAAAAUCCAACACGUGGAAGACCCAGAGAUCAAAGACGAUGAGGUGCUGAUCAAAGUGGCAGCCACCGCGCUCAACCGAGCGGACACCCUUCAGCGUCAAGGAAAAUACCCACCUCCCAAAGGCGAGUCUCAUUACCCUGGUCUCGAGUGUUCCGGCACCAUCGAAGCUAUCGGCAAAAAUGUCAACCAGUGGAAAGUCGGUGACAGGGUAUGUGCUCUUCUUGGUGGUGGAGGCUAUGCAGAGAAAGUUGCAGUGCCAGCUAGGCAGGUUUUUCCUGUUCCACCUGGCAUUUCUUUGCACGAUGCAGCCAGUUUCCCUGAAGUGGCUUGUACGGUUUGGUCAACUGUCUUUAUGACUAGCCAUCUAUGCUCCGGGGAAACUUUCUUGAUACAUGGGGGCUCUAGUGGAAUAGGUACAUUUGCCAUUCAAAUGGCCAAGUACAUUGGAGUGAAAGUAUUUGUCACAGCAGGAAGCGAGGAAAAGCUUGCUGCUUGCAAGGAUCUUGGAGCAGACGUUUGCAUAAAUUACAAAACUGAGGACUUUGUCACCCGUGUGAAUACAGAAACAGGCGGAAAAGGUGUUGAUGUUAUAUUGGAUAACAUUGGAGGGCCAUACUUUCAGAGAAACAUUGACAGCCUUAAUGUUGAUGGGAGGUUAUUCAUCAUUGGCUUCAUGGGAGGCACUAUUACAGAGGUGAAUCUUGCAGGUUUGCUUGCAAGACGCCUCACGGUUCAAGCUGCUGGAUUAAGGAACAGAAGUGGGGAGAACAAAGCAUCAAUAGUGAGCGAAGUGGUGAAGAAUGUUUGGCCUGCAAUCGGCGAAGGAAAGGUCAAACCUGUGGUCUACCAGCAUUUCCCCUUGGCCAAGGCAGAAGAGGCUCACCGGCUGAUGGAGAGCAGCAAUCACAUUGGCAAAAUUCUCCUCACUGUUUCUUGAACAGCUGCUAUCAUGUAAUGCUACUCUCAAGUCUUAAUGUGCGUUCAGUUCUUCAUCUUAAUAAAUAAAAGAAUCUCUUCUUUCUUUGGACUAUUUUCUCACUGUACAAAAUGCAAUCUGCACUUGUGACAAUGUGAACCCAGUCUAGGUCCCACCUAGGGUGUUAAUCAACCAAGCUGAAUUGGAUUUCGUCUUGGAUUGAGUAGUGCAUGAUAAAGAAAAAAGAAUAGUCGAGUUGGAGUUGUAGUUUGAGUUUUAUCUAUUCUAAAAUUGGUAGAUUUUUAUAAGUGAUUUUAUUUAUUAUCAGGUUUAAACACACAUGUGCAAUCAUUAAUACUUUAUUAUACAUAAA